AUGGAGAGUGAAGCAAGCAACAGCAGCUCGGCCUCCUUUCUGGCAACUCGAGGCGGCCGGCUUGCGCUGCUGUUAGCCGCCUCAAGCGGCGUUGCCGCCGCUGCCCUCCUUUAUUGGCGCCUUCGCUCCACCUCUGGUACAGACCACCACGGCGGUGCCAAGCCGACGGCGAGGAAGGCCGGGCCUUAUGUUCAGCCCCAGAGCCUGGCAGAGCUGGUGGCUCGGCUCAAGGAGUCGUUUCAUCUGACGCAGGGCAGCGUGGAGCGGGCCAUGCUGGCCGUGGACCGCGCGCACUUCGUGGUCGCCGGCAACCCCUACCACGACGCCGCCUCUCCCAUCGGCUUCAACGCCACGAUCUCGGCUCCUCACAUCGUGGCGUUCGGACUCGAUCUGCUGGCCGAGGUGAUCGGCGGGGAUGGUGCGCGGGUGCUGGACGUCGGGUCGGGUUCGGGCUACGUCACGGCGUGCCUCGCGCACAUGGUGGGGCCGCGCGGCCGCGUCUACGCCAUCGACCACAUCCCCGAGCUCGUGCGCGCGUCGCUGGACAACAUCGAGCGCGCCUCGUCCGACCUGCUGGAGCGCAUCGACGUCCGAGUGGGCGACGGAUUCGCGGGGCUGGAGGAGGAAGGACCCUUUGACGCCAUCUACGUGGCCGCCGCAGCCGAAGAGGUGCCGCAGGCUCUGAUCGAUCAGCUCAAGCCCGGCGGGCGAAUGGUCAUCCCCGUGGGGCCGCCCGGGCAGUUCCAAAAGCUGGUGCAGGUGGACGUGGCGCUCGACGGGCGUGUGAAGGCCGUGGGCCUGCUCGACGUGCGGUUCGUGCCCAUGCUAGCCUCGGACCAGCAGCUCAGUGGGGAGUUCAGCAAUCCCACCAAGAUUCUCGACAACAACGGGGAGCGUGUCGGUGUCAUCGCCAUGGUGCACCAUGCGCCCGACACCACGCCGCUCGACCUCAAGCUCAUCCACUCCAAGUUCGUCACCCAGCCACGCACCUACGAUAGCGUCGGCUCGUCAUCAACGUCGCACGGUGCCGCGGCCCAAGAGACGGAGCAAGACGAAGACGAAGACGAAGACGAAGGCGUAGAGGCCAUCGCUGGCGCGCGAGUGGCUGGGGUGCAGGAGGCCCUCCUCGACCAGGCGGCUCAACUGUCCCUGCGCCUCUCCGCCCUUGAGGACCAGCAUCACCAGCCGCCUGCGCUGUGA